ACAAUAAUGUUAAUAAAGAUACAUACAUACAUUCAUUCAUUCUCCAAUGGCGUCCGGCGUCCCGUGGCACCCUCCACUCCCCCAGAAAACCUCCUCAUCCUUUCGUCCUUCUCGCACACGCAAUCCCAUACCUCUCCGUCGCCCCGCCCCUAUCAGCUCCUUCAGGCGCAGUGACCUUGAUGGCUUCGCGAAACGCGUCGCUUCUGGUGAACUCUGGCGCGACGCCUGGCGGAGAGCUAACGAUGGCUUUGAACAGUUUGUCUAUGAAACUAGGAAAACAGCCGAGCGAAUUGACCGAAGAUACGCUGUCUCUACUCGUUUCUCCUCCGCCGCACAGGCUGCCGCCGACCGAGCGCGAGAGAUUGAUCGUGAGUUUGAAAUUACACAGCGCUGGAGGACCUUUUCGCUUGAUUUCGGUAGAAAUUGGCCUAGGUACAGAAAACAGCUCAAUGAUUUUCUUGAGACUCCGCUGGGGAGGAGUUUUGCUACACUUUUCUUUUUAUGGUUUGCUCUAUCUGGCUGGCUUUUUCGAAUUCUUAUUUUUGCCACAUGGGUAUUGCCCUUUGCUGGCCCUCUCUUGAUUGGGGCUGUAGCAAAUAAUCUUGUCAUUAAGGGACAGUGCCCAGCCUGUGGGCGGCAAUUUCUUGGAUAUAAGAACCAAACCAUACGGUGUGCAAACUGUGGAAAUAUUGUGUGGCAGCCACGAGGUGACUUUUUCUCCAGAGGUUCCACAUCCACCUCUUCAAAGUCUCAACCAGACAUCAUUGAUGUCGACUUUGAAGAGAAAUGAAAGGAGAAUGGCAGCUCCAUGUAAUUUCUUCUUCGCGGAAUGUACGAUGCCUUAACUGUAGUGUUAGAAUGGAGAUCAUCUUUUGCUUUACAGAUGGUUAUUAUGUUCUAUGUUACUGGUUCAAGUGUGAUGUCUUACAACUUUAUUUCUCUAUUAAUUCUUUGAAAUAUGUUGGUUAUUUUGGUACAA